GUGGGUGUGUGGGAACAGUGUAGGUUGAAUCUAUUGGUUGCAAUGUAUACUCAGAGGGUGUAGAUGGCGUAGGGCUGUGUGAGGAAGGUUUGAGUCGGGAUAUCAGGCAUUCCCGAUUGAGUUCAGUGGAAGAUGGCGGCGGAGGAUCGGGAACGGGAUCAGGCCCGCAGUGAUAGCGCGAAACAGAAGCGAAAAGAGCAGCUGAAGCGCUGGCUGGGCUCGGAGACCGAGCGGGAGCCCGAGCGGCCCCGCACCAAGUACGUCCGAGUCAAGUUCAAUGAGGGAGCCGUGUUCCUGGCAGCCUGUUCGAGCGGGGACCAAGACGAGGUGGAGAAGCUGCUGCAGAGGGGAGCUGACAUCAAUUACACCAACGUGGACGGUCUGACCGCCCUUCACCAGGCCUGCAUCGAUGAAAACCUGAGUAUGGUUACUUUUCUGCUGGAGCAUGGCGCCAAUGUCAAUCAGCCUGACAACGAGGGCUGGACAGCCCUACACGCAGCAGCCUCCUGUGGCUUCAUGGAGAUCACGGAGUACUUAAUUAAACAACGGGCCAAUGUGGCAUCUGUGAACAGUGAGGGUGAGUUGCCUAUUGACAUUGCCCAGGGGGAAGCUAUGGAGAAGAUGCUGAAGGAAGUCAUUAAAAAGCAAGGGAUCGACGUGGAGGUGGCCCGAAAGGAGGAGGAGCAACAGAUGAUCCAGGAUGCCAGGCAGUGGCUAAAUCGAGGGAGGGUGGAAGAUACUCGGCACCCAAAAACUGGAGCAAGUGCCCUUCAUGUUGCUGCAGCCAAAGGCUACUUGGAGGUCACAAAGUUGUUAAUCCAGGCUGGCUUUGAUGUAAACAGUCGAGACAAUGAUGGUUGGACUCCAUUACAUGCAGCUUCACAUUGGGGCAAAGAAGAGGUCUGCAGGUUGUUGGUGGAGAACUUGUGCGACAUGCAGGCUGUCAAUAAAGUGGGUCAAACUGCAUUGGAUGUUGCAGACGAAAACCUCUUGGAUCUGCUGGAGGAGCUACAGAAGAAACAGACAAUUCAGUUGAGGAUUGAGAAAGAGAAGCAAACCAAGAUGGAGGCCUCACUUAUUGAACUGUCAAAUGCCUCACAGCAACCAGCAUCGAGGAGCAGAAGGACUUCUAUUUCCCGUAUGAGCAGCAAAGAUAAAAUCUCAAUACAUGACAAGGAGCGCAAGACACUGGAGUCGGCAAUGCUGGAGCAUGUUAAUGACGAAGAGGAGGAUAGGAAGAAGCUGAAUGGCUCAAGUUCUGAGGAGGAGAUGCCUCAUGAAGUGGAAUCGGAUGCUGAGAAGGCCAGAGUCCGAUUAAACAUGAAUAACCUCACCAAACGGAACUUGACUGCUGACUCCCUCUCAUCUACCACUACAAGUAACAAGAGGUUCUCAGGUUCUCCCACCAAAGCAGCAACCCAUGAGGAGGAGAAGAAAGAGCAGCAGUCUCCGGCUGCGUGGCGUGCUGCCCUCCGCAAAACAGGGAGCUAUGGAACCCUCAAUAACAUGCAACCACCCCAGGAGGAGCAGAAAGGGAAAGAGAUUGGAAUUGUCCGGUCAGCAUCGAGUCCCAAGCUGACUCUGGCUGAAUCCAUGGAGAAGGAGAAAGAACCGCGGUUAGCACGUGUUCCACCCACUCCAACAAGGAAGCUCUUCACUAUUGGAGAUACCAGUGAGGACAAACCCAGUGAUUCUGCAGCCGCAGUGGCUCGAAGUGCCUCGUACACAAAGCAGCGAGAAGAUGACUCCGGCAUCCUGGCCCGGAGCUCAUCCUACACACGUAAACAGACAGAGUUGGAGAGCAACAAACAAGAUAAGGAUCUCAACAACAUUCUGCCAGGCAACACUGGUGUACUUACAGCAACAGUGCCUGGUUAUCCAAAGAGUCACAUGCUCCUGAAAAUGAUAGGCCGCAGCUAUAGUGCACAAGACUUCAGACUGCGUUCCAGAACAAUGUCACCUUCAAGACAUAAUGAUACUAACCCUGGUAAUGCUUCUGCCAGCUUCACCACUUUUAUAAGUGGAAGAAGGCAGGAGAGUCUCGCCAGUAGUUCUGCCCCAGGAUCUAUCAAUACAUUGUCGAAUACAAGCUCUUCCAAUCUUUCUAGUAGCCGUGGCUUAACAGCUGGUAUCUCAGCAACGUCUUCAGGUGACACAAGUCGCUCCCAGGCUCGAAACCAAGCAGGAAAUGGAGCAGAGAAAGGGAGCAAUCUAACCGCGCAAGGCACUGGUUACAGCUCUGAGAACCGUGAGAGACGCAGAUCCUAUCUCACCCCAGUUCGUGAUGAGGAAGCUGAAGCACAACGCAAGGCCCGUUCGCGACAUGCUCGUCAGUCUCGCAGGUCCACACAGGGUGUGACGCUGACAGACCUCCAAGAGGCUGAGAAAACGAUUGGGCUGCAGCGCGAGAAGAAAGCUGCAGAACAGGAGAAAGAGAAAGAGAAAGAGAAAGAAAAAGAAAAGGAAGAGAAAGAGAAAGAAGGAGAAGCUAAAGACUUUGCCUCGAAGUACAGAUAUAGCAGGAGCAGUCAGGAUGAGGAGAAGAACUGGCGUUCAAGGCUAGCCAACCUACAGAAAGCGGAUCUGCUGGGUCUGACUUCCUAUUCCACAGAUUCUAACCGUUCAAGCGUUCCAACCUACACCUACCACAAUGCUGUACAGCCCCUUGACAACAAAGAAUUGGAGAAAGCAAAAGAGGAGGAGAAGGAAUCAGAUGAUUCUUCUUUCAGAAGGUCUGGUACAAGAGACCGGAGACGGCCAAGGGGGAAACGAAGAUCAACAGGUGUGCAUUCCCUAUCACAAGAUGAUGAGAAUGACCAGGAUCUGUCAGAUGGUGAGGAUGUGGUAGGAUUACAGAAGAAACAGAUUGGUAAUCUGUCAAGGGAAGAAACCACCUCAAGAAACCAAUCAAGCAGAGGAGUGAACUAUUCGGAUUUGAGCCUGUAUUCUGCCCGGGCUGCUCGGGCUGAGAGCGAGACUAAUGGGCAAGGCUACAGAAAGUUGUAUGAAGUGCUUCAGAGAGAGAAUGUCCAGCUACAGGACCAGCUGCAGGAGACACAGAUGCAAAUUUCACAUACUAAAUUGGAGUUAGAGAAGGCUACACAGGCAAAGGAAGCUUACUGUAGAAAGGGAAAGAUGAAAACGGGAGUGGGCUCUCCAAGUGUGAAGUCGUUGACUUGCGUGGAAGGACUCACCCAGGAAUGCCACUCCAUGGCCCCCAUUGGAGAGGGUCUUGCAGGUGGUGACUCUAAAUCUGCAGAUGCAGGAAAGAUUUGCAGACAGGUCCGCCCAUCUGGAGAUGGAGAAAAAAGAGCGGAGAGCCUUAGAAAGAAGAAUCUCAGAACUUGAGGAAGAACUAAAGGUUUUAACAGAUUUAAGAGCUGACAACCAGAGACUGAAAGAUGAAAAUGGUGCACUGAUUCGUGUCAUCAGCAAACUUUCCAAGUAACUGGUCUUCACUUCAACACUUGCACAAAGCUUUCUGGAGUGAUGGGGUGUACUGCCACUGGUCUCCAUGUCCAGACGCUUGCCUCACCCUCUCUUUAGAGGGAUUGCUAAUCAAGCCACACCUAUUGCUAUUACAGUAGCACCUGGACUGCCAUCCGUGGGUAAUUUGGAAAGGCAUGUUCAUUGAAUUCUGUAUAAAUGAUGCUCAUAACCGGUACCUAUAUAGCCACACCACAGAGGAACAGCACUGCUGUGAGGAAUAGUUGUAAUGGGAAUCCAGAGCCUUUGAUGAUGACAACUGUCCCAAUCAACACACGAGACCACUCUUCACUCAUGUGACUUCGAUGACAAAACAGCACUUUGUUUUAUUCGUAGUACAUGACCGGUUGAAGAAAUGGACACUUUGUUGGUCAAAUUGGAGAGAUGGAACGGAGAGUUCUGCUUGACAGGCUCUUCAUUUUGAGUUGUUUUAUAAGGGAAUGAAACAGAAAAAGACUAAAGCAUAUUUUUUUUUAAUUAUUCUUUCGAUCUUCCAGCUACCUAAAGCCUCACCAGUUCCUCCAUACUACAUGGAACUUACUAUAGGGUUGUUCAUUACUGACCUCUGCAGACUGUUUUACAGAAUCGGGACUUGGAAAGAUAUAGUUAAGACUUUCCGGCAGUAUCCUAUUUCCCAAAAAUGUAUUGCACGUAUAUUCAUUACCCAGUGAGUAUUUUUAAGCUAGUUCCAAACUACUGCUGGUUUUGGAAGAGAUAGUUUAGAAGGACAGUAAAGCUCAAAUAAGAAAUCAUUUCUGCCAGGAAUGUAUGCAACCAAGCCAGUGAUAAAGCAAGGUUCAGUUUAAAAGGAACAGUUCUAAUAUCAGUCAUUGUUAUGUGAGUGUUACUUUUUAGUGGUUUGCAUGAGCAGAAAUGAUUAUAGGAAUCACCUGGAAUUGGAGAGAACCUGAAAUAUUGGCUGUCACUUGUGGCAGAUAGAGCUGAUGUUGAUUCCUGAGCUGGCGAGUUAUGAGGAGGGAGUAAAAAGGGGUAAAAUCUGUAUGCAAUGUAAUGGUAAUGCUUUUGUAAAAUUGAGACAAGAUUUUCUCCCAUUUGAAAUUGCACUAAUUUCCUCGGCCUCCCCUCAGCUCUUGUACUGUGGAAGUCCCUAAUUUUAUUAUUUGUCAAAUCCCCUCUUGCCAAAAAUCUUGUCUUUCCUGUAUCCUGUACCAGAGAAAAAGAGAACAAUUGUAAUUUAUCAGCUCUUUCCACUUUCCUUGCCAAAAGCAAAAAAAAAAUGCGCAAUAUAAACAUAACAGUCAGAAUGUAAAGUGUUGUGGUACCAAAGUAUGUGUUUACAGUGAGACAAUAUAUUUUUUAGAUUAUCAUUUUAUACAGCAUACCAUGAUAUAAAAACCCCUACCUAUGCAAAUUACUUUUCUAGUUUGCUAUAGUUCUGAGAAACACUUGUAUUUUUGUAGCACUUUGUUGUUUCGUUCAGAAAUUUCCCAGAACAUAAAGGUUAUUGUCGAAGGCACAAGUAGUUCCUACAAGUAUGACAGAUUAUAAGUUAAUUUGUUUUUAGUGAUGACUGAAAAAAGAAUGUUGACUAGGGCAUCAAUAAAAACACAGUACUUCUCUUUGAAUUUAAGUUUCCACCCAGUCUACUGGAAUAGGAAGUGGAUUUGAGUCAUCUUUUCUUCUAUCAGCUGGCCCUUCCAACAGUCACUUAAUACUGCAGAAUUUCAGCCAAGGCUGUAGUUUCAGCUCCUCAAGUGGAACUUGAACAAAAAAAAAUUCUGGAAAAGAGCUGCUGCAGUUUAAGAAUAAUCUAUGCAAGAGUAUUAAUUUUGUUUGUUCUUUCCUGUAUUUGUAGUGGGCACUAAUGAUCAGUUUUCCAAAUUAAUGCUGUACUUAUGUUGGGGAGUCUCUCAGUUUUGCCUGGAUUCCCCCUGGCUACUUAGUAAGGCAGUGAUUUGAUUAAACGGCUUCAAGGCCGCUGUUCAUAAUUUGUGAAAGUUUUAUCAGAUUAUACUAUCCGAUGCACUGAUGUUUGGUAGUCAGAGCUUUUGCAGGGAUUUCUGCAAAAGGUAAUGCUCCUCAUUGUUUACCUUCCACUUCAGAAGCCAUCACACUUUUAUUUUGCAGUCUCUUGUGAUAAGUAUCCAAGUAGACACCAUGUAUUCCACUGAAGAGUCUCUUACUGCAAACAGAAUGCUAACCAUUGAACCAAAGUAUAUAAUUUAACAACCCCAUGAAUUCCUUAGCACUUACGUAAAUUUAUCUCCUUUGGCAAGUUGGCGUAGGAAAUUAUAAUGUAACCUUUAAUCUUCUGAGGAUCAGAUUUAGAAAGUGGUCCAUCAAGAGGACUGGAUGUUGCUGCCUCAAGAAACUGCAGUAUAUGCAUUACCCAAAUGUCUCAGUUGUCUACAGCACUCAGACUUCAGAACUGUACUGAAUAUAUUUAUAAUGAGCCCUGAUGCCUCAUUCAUCCUUUGGCUUGUAAAUUUUCACUGUAGGUUGGAACAUUCACUGUCUAUUUGUACUAUUCAAAAUCUGCUGGAAAACUUAAUUGACAAGAGGUCAAGGUGAAUUUGGCUGAGAAGUCCCAUAGUUCCGGAGGUGUUGUGAUUUUAGGCAUUAUUAUCUAUUAGCUCACUAUUUGCGAGAUGCACAAUAUGAUUUUCUACCAUUUUUAUGCAUUACAUUUCGAGGUCAGCAGGAGUUGGAAUGUCCAGAUGCUAUGAAGGGCCCUAUUACUGGGAGGGUGGUUUAUUAAAAAGAUAACCAUUUUGCCCUUUAAAUGGGUUCCACAGAAAAACUGAAUAAUUUUAAAUCACAGCUACAUAUAAAGUACUCAGUAACUUUUCUAUUUCUGUAUCAUUAGGAGGCCAGUUGUUUUCAUGUACUUGUUCACUAUAAACUCAAACCAUUCAUAGUGGCACUGUGUUAGUGGACAUGUUGGCAUUAGGCAGAGGAGAGAAACGUCACAAGAAUUGGAUGAAAGUGUUUCCCUUGUCUGUCCUGGUUAGACAACUUGAGUAGAUAUCUGUGCUUACAUCUGUCAUUGGAAAUCCAAGAUUCAGAGAUCAGCACAUUUGGAAAAGCCGAGGAGAAAUGGGUUCAGGGCUUCCUUUAUGCUAUGUGUAUCGGGUGGGUAAACACUACACAUACUGCAUCACUUGUGCAAUAAUGCUGUGUUUAUCAUUUAUGCAAUAAUGUAUAAGUUACUUUACUAUAUGCUUGCCUGCAAAUUGCACAAAUUCUUGUUGUAUAAAAGCCACAAAUGUGUUUGAAACCAGUUCUAUAUAUUUCACCUGCCUUUCAAAUGUAAACUAUAUAUUCUUGUACAUUUUUAUGUUAAUAUUUAAAAGAAAAUUGUGUCAGACUAAUUCACAUCGACCAAUGGUUGGAAGUCGAUUUUUUUUUUGUCGAUAAAAUGGAGAGAGAGACAAGCUUCAUUUGUGAAGUGUCGUAAUGACUUUCCAUUACAAGCUACGUGGCUCUCAGGCUGUAUCUUCACUACCAAACUUCACCCUUCGCUUUUAUACUUGUGAUUUACUCUCAGGUCAAUGAAUUCCCAGUAAAGAGUCCUCAUUCUCACGCAGCAUUCAACCUCAGGCGUAAUUCGCCACUUAAUCUUGGGGUUGAAAAAAAGACCUUUCAUCCCAAUCCUUAGUCUUGAACUCUCUGAAGCCCCUUUUAUUUCCUAUAGGUUAGUUUUCCCCAACUCAUACCCACCCCCCAAUUACUUCGAUUAAACCUCUUCACAAUAUAACUUGACUGUUGGCCUGGUUGAGAACCUCCAUUGGGUUCAAUUUCCAUAGUGCUUGACAGACAAGGUGAGCAAUUGGACGCACACUGUUUUAGGUACUUCUGUAGUUAACAUGACUAUAAAAGCAGAAGUUCUGAAAUAUUCCACUUAUAGUUGAUACUCAGUGUCAUGGAGCAGACACUACCCUUUUGCCUUUAGAGUUAAACUUAAUCUAGCCCAUACAAAAAGGAUACUGAAGUUCCCCCUUUCAUAUGAUUCAAGGAUGUCAACACUAAGUGCUGACACUCGAUGAAGACUGUUAGCCAAAUUAAGUUGUAUCCAUUGAAUUUAUUUUUCAGGAAAUGUUAUAAGAUUUGAGGGCAAUUGUUUACUGGUGCUGUGAGGACAUUUCCAUUUAAAGUUCGCUCAAGAGAAAAACUGAAAUCCCCAAGUCAUUUAUGUGAGAGCCAAACAAGGCACUUUUAAAAAAGGUUAAUUAGGAUUUUGUUGAGUUAACCUAUGCUGCGUUUCAUCCGGGAAUACAUAAUACUGAUAGUAAGUUUAAAAGUAAAAAUAUGUCUGAUUUCAGCACUGACAUUCCUCACAUUGAGCACAAUAUGCACCAAAAAUAAAAAAGAUAUAUUUUACAAAAAAAUGCAGACUUUUGAUGUAGCUCUUUCUCUUGUGGCUUCCAAAUUUUGUGUUUUACUUUAAAGCUAUUGAUCCUGUCUCCAAAAAGCUAUGUCCAUGGAACUGAUUUCAUAGAGGAAAGCCUUCUCAGAAUUCUGUGCUGUAAAUAUAAUGGAUCACAUUAAGCAAGCAAACAGUAUAUUAGUACAUAUCCAAUUUAAGCAGAGUCCUUUUUGCUCCUCAUUUGGCAAGCCAACAUAGAUCCAUCAGCCCUCAAUCAUGGUCAACUCCCUCUAUGGCCUUGUUUUUCCUAUCUCUGUUGUAAAUAUUUUCAGCUUGAUAACCCUCUGACCACCUUCCUUCCUCCAGUACUGGUCCCCAAUGCAAUCAUGUUUUCUUGGGCUGCAAGUUCUUUAUCAUCAGCAUGUUUUUGACAUUUAAUGUGUUUUCUCUCCAAAGUUUCAGAGAGACCUGCUGAGUAUACCAAGCAGUUGAUUUUGUGAACCUUGAAUGCUGUCAUUUCAAUGCUCACAACAAAACUCAUUACAUAAUCUAAUCACCAUCCUACGAUCAAGCUGACAUUUAAGAGGUUCCGUGGAUCAUACAUUCGCCUUGUUCCCAGGGUCUUUUGGUAAGAACUAGGCCCUUCAGCCCACCAUGGCAAUACUGACUAUGAAGUACCCAUCCCAUUUACCAGCCCUUGAUCUGUAGUCGGCUGACUGAUUCAGUUACUUCUUCCCUCGCUCGCUCAUGUAAUGCAUUCCAGAUUCUGAACAUCCUUUGCUUGAAAAAAAAAGUCUUCAAAUCCUCUGAACCUCCUACCCCUAUCCCAAAACCUAUUCCAUCCAUAAUCUGUCUGAAGGUACCCAGAGAAUUGCACCUAUAGAGCUUCCUUUCUGUUGUGUUCACAUGAAUUUAUUCUUAACCCCGCCCCAUCCCAAACCAUUGUCUCUCGUUUGCUGCCAUUGCCCAUGUCAUUUUAUCUGAGAGCACACUAUCAGUUUCCACAGGCACUUUAAUAAGCUCUUCUUUAUUAUCUCACCCCAGUCUACAGUAUUCAACUAGUCUGUGUUUGUUUAGCACCAAGUAUGCAAAGAUUUGAAAUUUCCUCCAACCGGUGACUGGAAAGUUAACAACUUUCAUCUUUGGUGACUACAAUAAACUGUAAUUACUACCUUAA